UUUCAGUACGCAGCUCACGCGGUCCGAUGUACGCGCUACUUUCAGCCUACGUGCACACGGAGGGGAAAAUCAUGAGUGUUAUCAUACGUAUCGCGAUACUUAGCUACUUAUUUGCCAUAAACGUUCUAAUCAGCACAGGUUGUCCGCACGAGGCAGAGAACUCUAAGGCGGUAUACAAGACGGGUGGCAUAGCAGACCUCAACCAGCCCAUAACGCUAGCAACUAUUAAGAGGAAGCUCAAUGACAGCGGUGUGUUUGACGCUGACAAUGUGUCUCUGACUGCGACAGAACAGAAGGAGUUGGCCAAGCUGUUUGAGGCUAUUGAGAUUAUGGCAACUACUCGAAAUCGGCAGCCGUCUGCAGCUCAGAACGCGUAUUCCUCACUGCGAUUAGUUGAGAGAGCAGUCAAGAAAUCUCUCAAGGAGGGACAAAUAUCAGAGUCCCUAGCGGGGAAGUUUGACUGGGACAAGCUAAGCGAUAUAUCUAAAAGACAACGUCGCGACAAGCCCGCUUACUAUUUGAACACCACUACAAAUAUGAGAGUGUUCAACACUGAAUAGAGCACAAAAAUCAUUAUUAUUAUUACAGGUAUUGUCUAAUACCUACGGCUAUGAUUUUACUACUUUAGCUUAUUUUUU